CAGCAUUUGUAGUUCUGAGCUGGACUGAAGAACUACAGAGAACCCGGAGGAACCCGGAGGAACCCGGAGGAUCGGACCGGUACCGACAUGAGCGACACGGACACGACCACGCUGUGCCUGUUUGACGUGGACGGCACGCUCACGGCCGCGAGACAGGUCGUGACUCCAGAAAUGUCCACGUUCCUGCAGAAGCUGAAGACUCGGGUUCGAGUCGGAGUCGUUGGAGGAUCAGACCUCAGUAAGAUCCAGGAGCAGCUGGGGAAUGACGUGAUCCAGAAGGUGGACUACGUGUUUGCUGAGAACGGACUGGUGGCCUAUAAGGAUGGAACGCUGCUGUCUGUACAGUCCAUCCAGGCUCACAUGGGAGAAGAACUCCUGCAGAACUUCAUCAACUUCUGCCUGAACUACAUGUCCAGGAUCAAGCUGCCCAGGAAGAGGGGAACGUUCAUCGAGUUCCGUAACGGCAUGCUGAAUGUGUCUCCGAUCGGUCGCAGCUGUUCUCUGGAGGAGAGGAAGGAGUUCUAUGAGCUGGACCAGAAAGAGAAAAUCAGGGAGAAAUUUGUGUCGGUUCUAAAGGAAGAAUUCAAAGGAAAAGGCCUUUCGUUCUCCAUCGGAGGUCAGAUCAGCUUCGACGUGUUUCCUGACGGCUGGGAUAAGAGGUACUGUCUGGGCAUCGUAGAGAAGGACAGCUACUCCACCAUCCACUUCUUUGGAGACAAAACCAAACCGGGAGGAAACGACUACGAGAUCUACAGCGACCCGCGGACCGUCGGACACGAGGUAUCGAGUCCGGAAGAAACUCUGCAGCUCUGCCAGCAGCUUUUCUUCUCCUGAGAACCUCCACGACUAAAGAGACUAAACCUGAAGCUCUUCCAUCAACCAGUCGUCCUGCAGCGUCUCCUUCGUCUGAGUCUGAACCCAAAACUUCAGUUUUCAGAUGCUGGAUUUGUCUGGAUUUGGAGCUUCUUCUGUUUUUCUGUUCAGUCCUUCUAGAUUCAUAAAAAAUAUGUCAGAAGUUUCUGCUGCCAUCUGGUUCUGGUGUUUAUUAAAAUGUAGAAACAACAAACAGGAUCUGAGCAGCUUAAUGAUCUGUUAGCAUUAAAAUGUUGCUGCUAAUAAACAACAGAAAUCUACAGACCUGGUGGUCUCCCACAAAAUAAACAUUAGCAAAAAAACGCUAAGAUGCAACUCUUGAAUUUGUGCCAUUAACCAAACGUUUUCUUGGUUGUUCAUGUUUCUGUGGAUGUUGUUGCCUUUAAAUGGGAAGAAUCCAAAAGAACAGCGCCCCCUUGUGGUGUUUACCACCUCAGAACUGGACAUUUAGUCAAAGUUUAUGCUGUAGUUUUGGUCACAUGCAACGUUUAUCGUUUUAGACAAUGUUCGAGGAGAAUGUAGAUGAUCCUGAUUUUUGUUUGCAUUUCUAACGUUACUCUCGUUAGCUCGCUAAAGUUGUGCGCCAAUUUCGCACGAAAUUCAUCUUGCUAACAUUGGCUCACAAACUUUUACUUGCUAACCUUAGCUUGCUAACUUUAGCCCACUAACAUUUGCUUGCCAAUUUUAGCUCAAUCACUUUAGAUGGCUAACUUUGACUCACUAACUUAAGCCUGCUAACUUUGACUCAUUCACUUUAGCUUUCUAAGUUAGACCUCUUAGCUUGCUAAACGUGUAGCAUCAAUUACCUCGAGGUCAAUUUAAAGCGACUUUCUGAGUUUUUGUGAUUUUAAAAUACUGUCAAACUAUCGGAGUCGUCCACGCAGCGGUUUCUAACCAUUGUUCUCUAGAAAACAACCAACACAGUGAAGAUCUUCAUCCGUCUGUCGCUGUUGCUCAGAGUCUGCUACUAAAUGAUAUCACCAGAACAUAAAAGUUCUUUUCUGACAUAUUUUGGUUUCAUUUUGUUAAAGUAGAAGUUGUGUUUUUACAGUCUGGGGUCUGAACUGCAGCACAUCACUUUUUGUUUUCACCUUUUAGAUCAUCCCAUGUAGACGAAAGAUGAUAAAAACUGAUAAAUGAGAACCUGAGAGCUUAAAGUUGGUUCAUAAAACCAGAACAUCACAGAACUGUAAAACCCCUGCAUGAGUGUGUAGUAAAGCUUUAUAAGGAACAGUCAUGUAACGUUACUGAUCCGUGGCACUUAAAGUUUUUAUGAAGAUUCUACUGUAAAGAUGUGAACUGUGAGAAAUAAACGAAGGGAACAAUUCUCCUGUUUUUACAGUAAAAAUAAAGUCUAAGCUGAAACCUGA